GAGAGAGAGAGAUGGUGAGAAAGAGAGAUGGUUAGAGAGAGAGAGAGAGAUUGGGGUAGCUGGUCGAACCCUGAUUGGAGCAUGUGUGCUCUGCUGUACCUAUAAUAAUCGGGCAGAUAUUGGGAGAGAUCAUUUGUGGUGGAAUUUCUACAGGACAUUUCCUUUUCAUUGUAGAACAUAGGAGGGCUACACGGAAAAAGAAGCAUCAGGUUCUCUCUGUCAUCGACAUAAGAUUGAACAAAUAUCAAUAAGUUUGCAGAGAACACUAUCCCACCUGGACAGCAGAGAGAUGAUGAGACACGGCUGUGCGCAGGCCAUAUUGACUUUCUUGGUUAUCCUCAUCUCAUGUCCCAUGGAGUCAGACUGUGAAGAGGACUCCUACAACUCAAUACUGCAGGACAGCCCAUAUUACCUCAGCAGUGGUUUAACUAAUUUUAAGAGGUACAGGGACAUUCACGACGACACCUUUGUGGGUCUGAUGGGCAGGAGGAGUGCAGGUGAGAGUCUGGGACUCCGGGGUCCUAAAGAGCCUUUGUUUGCUGGUAGCUGGCUCUUCAAUAUGGAUGGUCGCGUGCAUUAUGGAUUUAUGCAGAUACACAGUAGGUUUAUCAAAGGCAGCUUGUCUGUGACCAAUGCAUCUGAAGACAAAUUCAGUCAAAUGCAGCAUUUAGAUUGUGGUAACAUACUGUACAGUAAUAUGCAAUCAUUAUUUUCAGGUGUAAAUGAUCUACCGUCACGAAGAAGUAAGAUCAGGGACAUGGAUGAUGUCUUUGUGGGCCUCCUGGGUCGCAGGAGCUCCGGGUCAGCCAUCCCUCAGCCCUGGAGGGAGGAGGUAUACCCACAGCCAAGCGGAGGCAUUCUCAUCAAGAAAGGGAGACUGAGAUUUGUACCCGGUGUAUAGGGUCCCGCCUCGUCCCUUUCAUCCAACCAAACACCGCACAGCAGACUGCACUACGCCAGACUGUAUACACGUCAUUCAUCCUAAGUUACGUUAUUUUCCACUAAGAAACCAUUGUCUUGCUGUGAUACCACUAUUUUUCCUUUUUGUCACCACUAUAAAAGGUGAAUGAAUGAAUAUCUGUAACACACAUGUAAAGUAUUACAAAUGAAUGUAAUGUUAUGUUAGACAUGGUCGUAGUACAUUAGGUAUGUUAUACCAUAUGAAGGGUGUCUUUCUUUAAUAUGCUGGUUAAAGCACUUUUCAUUAAAUUGAUUAAAAUCAA